AUGAGUCGGCGUUCAGUGAACUCAGACAUCUCCACACUAGCAGAAAUCGCAGAGAAAGGCGCAACAGCAGAACUAGUCGACUGGAACGGUCCCGAUGACCCAGACAACCCCCACAACUGGUCUCUAGUAACCAGAGUCUUCAUCACGGCCCUUAUAUGCAUCCUGACCUUCUCCAUCUAUAUCGGCUCCGCAAUUUACGCAACAGGCAUCAUCGGCAUUUCAGAAAAAUUCAAUGUCUCCCACACAGUCGCGACCCUAGGUCUCUCAAUGUUCGUCUUCGGCUACGGUCUCGGUCCCAUGAUCCUCGCACCUUUCGCCGAAGCACCGCCCAUAGGUCGAAUGCCAGUCUACAUCAUCACACAUCUGGCCUUCCUCUUCCUCAACUUCGGCGUCGUCUAUGCGAAAAACAUCGGAAUGCUUCUCGCCUUCCGCUUCCUUACAGGCUUCUUCGGAUCCCCAGUCCUAGCCCUUGGUGGCUCCACUCUCGCUGACGUCUGGUCACCAAAGAAGGUCACCUACGCGAUCGGAAUUUGGGGGAAUUUCGCAAUCUUAGGUCCAGUCAUAGGUCCUUUGGUAGCAGGUUUCGCAGUCCAGGCCAAAGGAUGGAAAUGGUCGAUUUGGGAACUCAUCUGGUUGAACGCUUUCUGCGCGGUCCUCCUCAUCUUUGGCCUACCCGAAACUUCCGGAGAUAACAUCCUCCUCCGCCGUGCAGCACGAAUCCGCAAAAUGACUGGUGAAGCGAAAUAUCGCUGCUCAGCAGAAAUCGAAGCCGAGAAAUUGAAUCCUAAGGAUCUGGUCGUCAUGUCUCUCGUCCGACCUUUCCAGCUACUCUUCUCAGAACCUAUCCUACUGGCACAAAACACCUAUCUCGGUCUCAUCUACGCACUCCUCUACUGCUGGUUCGAAGCAUUUCCUUUAGUCUUCGGAGGAAUAUAUGGUUUCGAUCUCGGAUCCCAAGGCCUUGCGUAUCUGGGUCUCUUGGUCGGAUGUGUGCUCUUCACUCCACCGUACUUCUACUGGAUUCACAAAUACAUCAACCCUCACACCAACGAUGACGGAACGAUCAAACCUGAGAAACGUCUCCCGGCCGCGAUCGUGGGAUCUUUGUUCUUACCUGUCUGCUUGUUCUGGUUUGGCUGGAGCUCCAGGCAAUCCAUCCAUUGGAUCAUGCCGAUUAUUGGAAGUGUAUUCUUCUCUGUCGGUGCCGGUCUGCUCUUCAACGCUCUAUUAUCUUACCAAUCUGAUGCAUAUCCUAAGGUCGUCGGAUCGGUUUUGGCUGGAAACGAUUUCAUGAGAGCGGCAUUUGGAGGAGCGUUCCCGAUAUUCGCGACGCAAAUGUAUAAGAAUAUGGGUAUUGAUUGGGGGUGUUCGAUGUUGGGAUUUUUGGCGAUUGCUUUCAUUCCGAUGCCGAUUUUGAUUUAUAAGUAUGGUGAGAGGUUGAGGAUGGCGAGUAAGUUUGCGAGACAUGAUAUCUGA